AUGGCUACACCUACUCCAGACAAUCCAGACCAGUUUGACCAAUUUGACGACGAAGAGACAGAACCACAGCUUGGUGCUACUGCGUCAGGACGUAAGAGGUUGUUCAGUAAAGAACUACGUUGUAUGAUGUAUGGAUUUGGGGAUGACCAGAACCCUUACACAGAAAGUGUUGACUUUCUAGAAGAUCUUGUUAUAGAGUUCAUUACAGAAACCACACAUAAGGCUAUGGAAGUGGGUAGACAUGGCCGUGUUCAGGUUGAAGAUAUAAUAUUUCUAGUGCGUAAAGAUCCACGUAAAUAUGCCAGAGUUAAAGAUUUGCUAACAAUGAAUGAAGAAUUGAAAAAAGCUAGGAAGGCUUUUGAUGAAGUUAAAUAUGUUGAAGACCAACAAUAA